AUGUCAAGAUACCUAUUUUUCCUGUUUUUUUUUUUCUCAAUCUGUCCGUUUUUUUCGAAAAAAUAUUGGCAUCACUGGACCGGUGUUGAAUUUAGCCGGUGUCUCGUGGAGGCGACACUGAAGAAUCGUUCUCAGCCCUUAGCAUUGUAUUGCCACAACACAGAUGAAAACGAAAAGCUGAUACAGCGUCACUUCAAGCAUCCAAAUCUGAGGAUUUCUUUUAAGCCUUUAGAACCGGAAAACGUCGACUGGGGUAUGGUGCGACUGCAUUUGAAACCGUUGGACCGAUCCUGGAUUCCAUAAUGUGAUACUUUUCAUUAAUGAAAUUUACAAAUAUUAUAAUUACAAUAAAUGAUU